UGCUCCGGGUUUGAACUCUGGAUCCCGCCAUUUGCUCAGGGACCCUCCAGCCUUCGCCCGUGACCCUGAGUUCUGGGGAUUACAUUAGGAAGACGCCCUGCCAGAGGCUCUGAAACAGAAAGGCAGAGCCCGCUGCCUAUUUGAGCUCGGGGAAAGGAAGGAGACCCGCCCAGACCCGCAGUAGCAAUGUAUAGAAAGCUUAUGUGAUACUGGAUUUAUGCUCUCCAUACUUCUGAACCAAUGAUGAGAAAAUGGGAAGCAAAACUGAAGAAAAUUGAAGAACUAGCAUCUCAGUAUGAGAGGAAACCAUUGUUGUCGGUCUAUAGACCAAGACUGUCCAAGCCCGAAGAACCGCCCUCCAUUUGGAAGCUAUUUCCUCGACAAAGUCAAGCUUUUGAUUUUGUUAAAAGCUGUAAAGAGGAUGUUCAUGUGUUUGCUUUGGAAUGCAAUGUGGGAGAUGGACAGCGUAGUUACCUUGUAACAACUUAUGCUCAACUUUGGUUUUACUAUAAAUUCCGGAAAACUCUUUUGCACUGUUAUGAAGUUAUUCCUGAAAAUGCUGUGUGUAAGCUUUAUUUUGAUUUGGAGUUUAACAAACCAGCUAAUCCAGGAGCUGAUGGGAAAAGGAUGGUUGCAUUACUCAUUGAACAUGUUUGUAAAGCACUUCAGGAGUUGUACAGUGUUCACUGUUCAGCUGAAGAUGUUUUCAACCUAGAUUCUAGCACUGAGGAAAAAUUUAGUCGCCAUUUGAUAUUUCAGCUCCAUGAUGUGGCCUUUAAAGAUAACAUUCAUGUUGGUAAUUUUGUGAGAAAAAUUUUGCAGCCUGCUCUUCACUUACUUGCCAAAGACGAUGGGAUUCCAGAGACAUUGGACCAUGAAUGUUUCCAAUUUUCUGAAGCACCAUUAAAACAAGGAAUUUCCUUUAACAAAGUGUCUGCAGAUGAGGAUAAAGAAGAGGGCUGGACACUGAAUUCAGAGAAACUUGAGAAGUUGGGGCCACCUAAGCAAAGUGAUCCUGAUCUUUCAUUUUUGAUUGUGAAGAAUCACAUGGGAGAAAAGCAUCUUUUUGUGGAUCUAGGAGUGUAUACAAGAAACAGAAACUUUCGACUGUAUAAAUCAUCAAAAAUAGGCAAGUGUGUGGUUUUGGAGGUUGCUGAAGACAACAGAUUUUUUCCUAAACAGCCAAAAAAUGUUUCCAAAGAAAACCAGUAUUUCCUCUCUUCCUUGGUCAGCAAUGUCAGAUUCUCAGAUACUUUAAGAAUUCUUACAUGUGAUACAUCCCAGAACAAAGAAAAGAGAAGUGGAUAUUUUAAUAGUACCAGCACUUCAGUGGAAACACUUGAAGGCUUUCAGUGUUCACCUUACCCUGAAGUUGAUCGGUUUGUUCUCUCUUUGGUGAAUAGAAGUGAUGUUAAAGGAGGAAUUCGGUGUUGGAACUACUUUUUCCCUGAAGAAUUACUGGUUUAUGAUAUUUGCAAGUAUCGCUGGUGUGAAAACAUUGGGAGAGCCCACAGGAGUAAUAAUAUCAUGAUUCUAGUUGAUCUGAAAAAUGAAGUUUGGUAUCAAAAAUGUCAUGACCCUGUAUGUAAAGCAGUAAACUUCAAAUCUGACUAUUUUCCAUUGCCUGCUGAUGUCAGUCUCCGCUACCUUCUCAAAGAAGAAGAAGAGGUGAUAGCAGAUGGCAUGAGUCCUCAUGAAGCGCCACCCUGCAAGCCAUCACCAGGUGCAUCUUUGGGUGCUGACUCGGGCAGUGGCAGCGAUGAUGUUUGCUUGUUACAAGCAGCUGAGGAUGCUGAACUAGCUGACACUGCCGAGAACGGUCUUCUCAGUCACAACGGUAUAGGGGACGAAAUUCCUGAUGAACUCAUUAUGGAAGUGUUACAAGACUAGCCCACUACACAUACUACUCCCAUAAUCAGACUGCCAUUUGUGUGAAAUAUGUGCUUUGAUCAAUUAGUGCUGGGGUUUGAGCUCAGUGGUACAGAACUUGCUGACCAUUUACAAGGCCCUGGGUUCAAUCCCUAGAACUGAAAAAAAAAAUUACAUUAGCUCAUUAGUAAAUCUGAUGAUAUCAAUAAAGCCUUAUUACUUUGUUUUUCAGU